AUGUAAAAACUCACAAGAUUUAAUAGUUUUAUCCAUCAUUUCAAAUGCAUAAGAAACAUGAAGAUGUAAACUCAAACAUUUAUACUACAGUCUUCCAUUUUUGUUUUAGUAUUUCUUAUCAUAAUUACUUCCCAAAUGAUUAACAAAAAUAUGAUGGAUGAUAUCAUUUAAAGGAUAACUAAAGAAAUAGAAAUAAAAACAAAUUUAAAACAGAUAAAUAUUUAAUCUCAGUUUAUUAAAUAUUAAGCACAUUACCCUUUAGAAUAAGGAUUUAAAUUUCUUGAAAGCUUCAAUAGAUUGAAUUAAAUGAUAUUGAAAGACCAACAAACUUCAAUAAAUAAAUUGCUUGAUUGCAAAUAGGUUGAAGAAAGCUUUAAUUUUUUUUCAAAGAUGCCUUUAUUUUGUUAUAAAUUCACAAAGACCAAUAUAAUAACAUCAGAUGAAUCAUUAAUAAAUCAUAUAAUAGGAUAUCAAGCCUUAUUGAAUUCGAUAUUUUUACCUAUUUCAAUAUCGUAAUUUCAAAAAACGAUGUUUUUCACUUUCAUUUCAGAUGAAGAAUAUUUUGCUAUUCUUCCGCCAAAGAUUGUACCUGACAUUUACUUACCAUCAUAAAGACCAUGGUAUCUAGAAUAAAUUUAGAGUAUUUAACAAACAAAAUAGAAUGAUGUUAUUGUUAUUUCGAGUAUAUAUCAAGAUUUUGAAACUUAAAAAUAUGAAUUCACUUUAACAAAAGGGAUAACUGAUCAAGAAUAACAUUUUCGUGGGAUAUUUGGGAUUGAUCAAACUUUGGAACAUUACAAAGAGCUUUUGUUAUAUAAAGAUUUGAAUAUCAUUUUAGUUGAUCUUAAGGGUAGAAUGUUAUUGUCAAAUUUAAUGAUAGAAUAAGAAAUAGAUUUAUCAAAAGAAAAGAAAUAUAUAUAUGAAAUAGGUACAACUGGAUUUGAUGAAAAUGAUUGGAAAUAAAUUGUGAAUGAGGCUAAUUAAUAAGGUUAAGGCACUAUUGAAUGUAGUGAUAAAGAUAUAAAACAAUUUUGUAGAUAUAAUACAUUCUUUAAAUAAGAUCUAAUAAUAAUUGUGAUAAACAUAUCAAGUCAAUUUUAUUUGCUUGUGUAAAGUAUAUUUAUUAACAUAAUAGAUUUUAGAGUUUGGCUCAUAUUACAACUGAUGUAACCAGAGCUUAAGAAUUGCAGGAUGAAAUAAUGUCUGAAAUAACAUAAUUUCUAUAUUACUGCAUUAUUGUUGCUGUUAUUCUAUUGCUGCUCUCAAUAAUUAUCAUACCAAUCUUUUUUAGACCAUUAAAAAAUAUCUAAACAAUGAUUAAGACAUAAAUGGUUUAAAAAUUCACAAUUCAUUAUGAUCAUCUCUUUUUUAGUAAUAGGAAGAAAAAUAAGCUAGCUUUUUUUGAAGAAAGUUUUAAUGUUUUUAAAUAGAAGUUAUUAGAUUUUACAUAGAGUAAAUCAUAAGAUUGUUAUAUAAUUGAGAAUUUCAAAUAUCCUAGAUAGUAAUAGAUUAUUAUAUCAGAAUUAACUUCUUUUAUUAAAUUUCAAACAUUUGUAAAAUUCAUUAUAUAAUCUAAUAGAAAGAUAAAAUUGAGAAUUUGCCUAACCAAAACAACUAGAUUGUAUAAUCGCCAAAGCUAUUCUGUGAUACCUUUCUUAAUUAUAGCUAGGACAAUUAAAAUAAUGUGAUUCAAAUAUCUCCAAGGGAUGUAACAUUUCGUAUUGAAUUAUAACACAACUAAAUUUGA